AUGGGACAAAGAAGCGGACGUCAAGAAACAAGCAAAAAACUAGAGAUGGCACUAAGUGAGCCUACGAAGGCAGAAGCAAAAGUACAAAAUAAAGAAGAGGAAGCUGAAGACCUGAAGGCCAAAGUCCAGAGGCUAACGUCAGUCUUUGGUGUGGCAGACUUAAAAAACGAAGCAAUUGGUCUCUACAACAUUGGACAGAGCUGCUGCCUGAACUCUCUGCUCCAAGUGUUCUUCAUGAAUAUACGCUUCACAAGGAUACUUCGAAGGAUCACGGUGCCACUACGGGCUGAGCAGAAGAAAAGGAAUGUCCCAUACCAAAUGCUCCGGCUGCUGGAGGAGAUGCAGUGUGGCAAGCGGAAAGCUGUUAAUCCCGAGGCCCUCGCUGUCUGUCUUUCAGUCUUCAAAGUGAAAUUGUUUGUGCAGCAUGAUGCUGCUCAGCUCUUUCUGACUCUCUGGAACUUGAUAAAGAGGCAGAUGAACAAGCCAGAGUUGGUUGAAGAACUGAAUGACUUGUACACUAUCUGCAUACAGGAGCAUCUGGCCUGUCAGAAAUGCUCUUUUGAGGAAAAGAGGAACAGCUGCAUGUUAACCCUUCCACUCCCGCUGCUGGAUGCCAAUUGCCGCAUGCUGAAGACUCUGAAGGACUGUCUGCAACACUUUUUCCACCCAGAAGAACUGACUGAUCACAACAUGUGUUUCUGUGACCAAUGUGGAAGGAAAACACCCUUUCUGCAGAGCAUGAAGCUAGUCCAUCUGCCACAGACCCUGACCAUACACCUGAAGCGCUUCUGCUUCGAAAAAUCAGCCUACAUUCACAAGCUUAGUCACUAUCUGCCAUUCCCACAAGACCUAGAUUUCAAUGCAGUCUUGACAGAAAGUCAGUGCCAAGCAGAUGACAAUGAAAAGGCUGGCUGGCAGUAUGACCUUUUUGCUGUCGUUGCUCAUUCAGGAUCAAUUAGUUGUGGACACUACUGUGCCUACGUUCGAAGUCUCACAGAGUGUAAAUGGUAUUGCUUCAAUGACUCUGAGGUUUGCCAGGUAUUGUGGGAUGACGUGAAAUGCACCUAUGGGCAUUCCAACCUCCACUGGGGAGAAACGGCCUAUCUCUUGAUUUACAUGAAAAAACAUCCUCAGUGGCCUUAUCCAGGAGUAUGA